CUAUAUAUAACAACUUCUAAAAGAUGAGGGAGCAUCAAUGUUAAUUGGUGUAAAGAGUAGUAAAUUGUCCAUAGGUUUCCUCCCCAAAAUCAUGAUUUGCAAGUUCAAUUUUUUAGGGUUCAUAAACAUCUUAAAUUUGUUCUAUUGCCAGCGUUGUUCUUCCUGGAUUUCGAUCUCAUUUCAAUACUUUGGAAAUAUCCGGUGUUCUCUAUCCCCGUUUGCUAGAGGAUCUCAAUCAUUGGUUGCUGAAUUUGCUUACGACAGUUAUGACCUAAUUGCCCCUUUUAAUUACGGAUAUUCCUAGUAGUUGGCUCUUAAUUGCUUCGGAAUUAUUGUCAUGAAGAGCGGAAACGAUGAUCAAAGAAUGCUAACAGUACAAGAUUCUGUAGAAACUUCAGUGUCUCCUGCAGCUGAUGAUGUGAAGAAAUAUAGUGCUCAACAAAGAGAAGCUUUACCAGGAGAACCUCAAUGCAUAGAAUGCGGACGAUAUGGGGAAUACAUAUGUGAUGAAACUGAUGAUGAUAUCUGCAGCCUUGAAUGUAAGCAGAAGCUCUUGCUUAAAAUCAAAGAACCCAAGUUGCCUACUAGUCUCAAGCUUCCUCCCAUAAGAUUACCCAUUAGCGAUGAAUGCUUUUAUGUUAGAGAUGGUAAUGAAAAAGGUAAACCAGAUUCCCACUCAUUAACCCCCAACCAAAUGGAAUCGAUUAGACUCAAAUUUGAGAUUAUUGUAAAGGGUACAUGUGUUCCACCUCCAGUGUUGUCUUUUUCUCACUGUAACCUUCCUCAGAAGCUCCUGCAAAACAUCGAAUCUGCAGGGUAUGAAAUCCCAACACCUGUUCAAAUGCAAGCAAUUCCUGCUGCCUUAAAGGGUCAAAGCCUGCUUGUGUCAGCCGAGACUGGUUCAGGAAAAACCGCAUCUUAUUUGAUUCCCACAAUCUCUUUCUGUGCAAAUUUCAGAAAAGAAGAGAAAAAACCAUUAGUGAUGGUGUUGACACCAACUAGGGAGCUUUCCAUACAGGUUGAAGAACAAGCUAAGAUACUCGGAAAAGGUUUGCCUUUUAAAACAGCAUUAGUGGUAGGUGGUGAUGCAAUGCCUAAACAGAUCCAUCGUAUACAGGGUGGAGUAGAAAUGAUUGUUGGGACACCUGGCAGGCUUAUUGAUCUUUUAACCAAAUAUGACAUUGAACUCGACACUGUAUCAAUUUUAGUUAUAGAUGAAGUUGACUGCAUGCUCCAAAGAGGUUUCCGUGAACAGGUGAUGCAGAUUUACAGGGCUCUAUCUCAACCUCAAGUGUUACUAUACUCUGCAACUGUUCCAGUUGAAGUGGAGAAGAUGGGAAGAUCAUUAGCAAAAGAGAUGAAUGUGAUCACUGUUGGAAAGCUAAACAAACCAAAUCAAGCUGUGAAACAGGUGGCUAUAUGGGUUGAGUCGAAAAGAAAGAAGCAAAAGCUUUUUGAUAUAUUUUCCAGCUCACAGCAUUUUAAGCCACCUGUGAUAGUGUUUGUGGGUUCAAGGCUUGGUGCGGAUCUUCUUUCUGAGGGUAUAAGUGUCGCCACAGGGUUAAAAGCUUUGGCUAUUCAUGGAGAGAAGAGCAUGAAAGAAAGGAGAGAAAUUUUGAAUUCUUUUUUAUUAGGGGAGGUUGAGGUUAUUGUGGCAACUGGAAUAUUGGGGAGAGGGAUUGAUCUUUUGCAUGUGAGACAGGUGAUUGUGUUUGAUAUGCCGAAUUCCAUUAAGGAGUAUGUUCAUCAGAUUGGUAGGGCAUCAAGAAUGGGAGUGGAAGGUAAUUCGAUUGUGUUUGUUAAUGAGGAGAAUAAGAAGCUGUUUCCCGAGUUGAUUGGAAUCCUGAAAGCUUCUGGGGCUGUGAUACCUUGGGAGAUUAGCAAUUCAAGAUACUUGGCAAUGGCAGCCCCCAAAGACAACAGAGACAAUAGAAAAAGAAAGCCUGUUUGGUAAACUGUUUUACUUUUGUCUCUGUUGUUUUGUUCAGAUCAGUUGUUGAAAUCAACAACAUAGCUUCUGAGUUCAUAUGAGAAGCUGACACAUCUGAAGAGCAGUGAAGAUUUUGAUAUUGACCACAUGGACCAUUUUUGUGAAUUAAGACGUGCAUUUUCAAACGUGGUUAUUGGCCUGAGUCGUGCAUUGAAGAUUUUGAUAUUUCUACAGCGAUUUCCACAACAGCUAGGACAUGACCCUCUAAGGAUGAUUGAGAGUUUGAGAAGCAUUUUAAAAAGAUGGGAUGGAACAUACGAUUUGAAGAUGAUUGUUACUUUGUUAAUUUUUGAUGAAAAUCCCAUUUUAAUGUUCUAUUUACAACUAAAUUUUAAACUUGUAAAUUAGUUGAUUCAUUUUGUCUUGUAAGUACUUCUGUUUUCAAAUCCCAUACGAUGUUUAUAUUAUCUAAAUACAAUUAAU